AUGGCGGAGAUUGUCCCUGUAGAAACACAUUUGGCUAACGAUGUGCUUAUACAAGAAAUUUCGACCCUUAAAGAAGAGCUCCAAUCGCAAAUACAAAAGGCCACCGAACUUGUUGUUUACAAGGAAAACUACGAAGAUUUGGUCCUUGAUUACAAUGAUAUCAACAAAGAAUAUGACUCCCUUAUAAAAAGUGAAUCGCUUGCAAAAAACGAACUCAAGAUGCUAAGAAAAGAAACCGAGGAGCUCUCUUCCGAACUUUUCAAUGAAGCUAACAGAAUGGUGAGCAUCGAACGCAAAAAGUCACACAAGUUGCACGAAGUCAAUAAGUUCCUUAAAAAUGAGGCCAAUGAGCAAAAAGACAUCAUAAAAAUGUAUGAGCAUCAACUUCAGUCUUUGAAGAAUGCCGUUGUUGAUCUCGAACAGGAAAACCAAAUUGCAAAAGCCAAUUAUGCUACAAUGCAAUUGAAUUUCGCUCGUUCACCAGCCGAUGAGGUUGAGGAAGAUGAUCCAGAAGAAGUGAAUGAUAAAUGGCAUCACACUUCGAAUUACCAGAACAAGAAAUACUUAUCCAAUAUUUUGUACUCUCCAGCUAUUCAAGCCAUCAGGUUUGAUUCGAAGUUCUACCAAUCUUUCAUUGAAUACAUGUUUGCCAAUCAGCUUUUGCUCCAAACUAGAUCCCAACCUGACUUCAAAGACACUUAUUUCUUCAAAAGGAUGGUAAUUGAAGAUAUUGACCCAACUUUGAAUUUAGAAACCUCCCCUCAUCUCACUUUUUUUCAAAAGAAAACCCUAUACCAUGCUUUUUACAAUCAAUCAAUUUCCAUUGAACCAUUUUCUUAUCCGGAAAAUAAAAAUGUCAGAAUGGCGAAAUUCAAAGGGAUGAGUGAUCAUCAAGGGAUACUUCUAUCCAAAAAACCAUGCGCCAUGUGUGGCGAGGAUCGUGAUCAUACCCACGAACAUGCUAGAUUAUACAUGCUCAAGACCUCUUCCAAAUCCAAAUCCAACAAUACCAGCCCGCGUUUAUCUAGGAUGUUCUAUAUUGGUCCAGUGGCGGAACAAUCAAAUUUUGAAUAUCCAAUUUGCAAUUAUUGUGCUACUCGUGCGCGUACUGUUUGUGAUUUGCUCGGGUUUUUGGCCACCAUCAAGAUGGGCAUGUACAGUGUUUCCAAACAUGACAAAUCAUCUUCUAAAAGACUCUACUUAGAGUUAAGUCGUCAUCGUUGCAAAUUGUUUUGGGCGCGUGUUGGAAUCAUUCAAAGAGACUCGUUACUUGUCGAGAAUAAUUCAUUCUCUGACAAACAACUAAGCUUCAAUCACGAAUUCUGUCAAUUGGAAAACAUGGACACCACCCCAGCUGGUUUCGGUCAUCAAAAUACCGAUUCCCCAAGAUGCUUUUCUGGUAAGUCUUCUGAUGCAUCCCAAUCUCCAAAUUUUAUGGAAAAUCCAUUCGGUUACACUUCAUCUGUGACUUGCUCUCCAAUGAGUAGUUUAGGCAAAACAUCCCCAGAUUUGAGCAGCAAUGGUUCUAUUAUGGAAGAUUUCAAAAUGAUUAAGCCUGAUUUUGAUAUCAACUAUGAGAAACAAGAAAGAGUUUUUAGCAAUAUGAGUCCUCUGGAAUUGGAAGACGCUGCGCCAUUUUCUCCACAAAUUAUCACCAAUAAGAUCUCCAUCCCAAUGGAAGCUAUUGACGAUGAACGUAUUGCGAGUUCUGCUGAUGAUCCCAUUGCUAUUGGUGAAGAGCUCAUUGGAAAUCUUGAAACCAUUGCUAAGUUGAAUUCUGAUACCUUUGUCAGUACUGCCUCCCCAAGAUCCUCUUCAGUUGAACAUUUGCCAGAUCCAAAAUCCGUGCUAUCCGAACAAGAGGACUUGCAUGAUUUAGAAGAAAUCUCCCAAGUUUUGGAUGGUGAUUUCAAUGAUCAAGAUGUAUUCAAGCCAAUUGGAGAAGAUGACAUCAAAUCACAGAUAGAUAUGGGUAGUCCAAAUGUUGAUCAUCUGGAAAAUGAUCUAAUUAAGGCUGGGUUUUUGGACAUUGAAUUAUGA